GAAAAGACUGCGAUUGGCAGAACUUUGCGCUCGUAGCCUCGAACUUGCGCCGCUCGCCAGCAUGCCUGCCGCAAAGGAGCCGAGCCGUCACACAAAAGCAAGAUGGAGGAUCUCGCAGUCGAAGUAUGCGGCGAAAACGGAGCAUAUUAUAAGGCCUUUGUCACCGAUGUCUUUGAGGAUGAAGUAUUGGUCGCCUUCGAAAAUGACUGGCAACCUGAAUCGAAAUUUCCGUUUGCUCAAGUUCGUCUACCUCCCAAAGACGGCCCCAAAGCAGAGUUUACAGAGAGCCAAGAAAUUGAAGUGUUCUCCCGAGCCAAUGACCAAGAGGCAUGUGGAUGGUGGAGAGCUAUUAUUAAGAUGAUGAAGGGAGGCUUCCAAGUCGUGGAAUACUUGGGAUGGGAUUAUACGUAUACAGAAAUUGUAGGAAGUGAACGACUGAGGGCAAAAAAUCCAAAUCCUCCAAUCGACAAGAAUACGUUUCACAAGAUCGAAAUUGAAGUACCUGAAGAUUUGCGCGAAUUUGCAAAAAUGGACAAUGCACAUAAGGAAUUUCAAAAGGCAAUAGGAGCGGCAGUGUGCCGAUAUGUGCCUGAACGAGGAGUACUGCUGGCCAUCUCCCGUCGCGAAAAUACACGUCGUCACAGUAACAUGCUCCAGGAGAUGCACUUCCGCAACUUUUCGCAAAAGGUUCUACUGCUGAAAAGGACAGAAGAAGCAGCACGCCAGCUCGAAUCAACCAAACUUCAAACGAUCGGAGGCAAAUUUAGAUCUUCAAACUUUAUAUAUCAGCGUGUCUCAGACUUUGAGGCAGGAAUGAGAACAAAUUUAAGAUACACGGACGAAUUUAAUGUUCGGGAAGACCUCAUGGGACUGGCCAUUGGCGCUCACGGUGCGAAUAUACAGCAGGCGAGAAAAGUUGAAGGAAUCACUAAUAUAGAAUUAGAGGAAAAUUCUUGUACGUUCAAGAUAUACGGUGAGACUCACGAAGCCGUGAAGAAAGCCCGUUCUAUGCUGGAGUACAGUGAAGAGUCUAUACAAGUGCCACGCGUCCUUGUAGGGAAAGUAAUUGGAAAAAAUGGUCGCAUUAUACAAGAAAUUGUCGACAAAAGUGGUGUGAUAACAUCUGGCUCGAGUGGGAAUGUACAUACUGAUAGAGUGCGAGUUAAAAUCGAAGGAGACAAUGAACCUCAACCGACACUCCCACGGGAAGAGGGACAGGUACCCUUUGUAUUCGUUGGCACGGUCGAGAGCAUUGCCAAUGCAAAAGUUUUACUGGAGUAUCACUUGGCUCAUCUUAAGGAAGUCGAGCAGCUUCGGCAGGAGAAACUUGAAAUAGAUCAACAAUUACGAAGCAUGCAUGGAUCGACUACCGGACCAAUGCCGAGUUUUCCACCUACAAGACGAGGCAUGGCUUCAGGACCUGAAGAAGGUGGUAGUGGUGGACGUGGUGGUCGUGGUGGCCAAUCUAGAGGACGUGGAAGGGGCAGGGCUCCCACAAGACACAAUGCCGGAUCACGACGAGACACUUUGGACGGUAGCGAGGAUCGCGUACGAAAUCUCCCACCCAGAGGUGGUCAUCAAGGUCAAGGAGGACCCGGAAAUUCAGGUUACAUGGGCGGAAGGCAAGGUCGACCACCGGUGCAACGUAGAGAUCGCAGAGACGACCGUCGCCGAACGACCGACGACGAAGACACAGUUCUCGACAGUCAAGACGUCUCGAGCAUUGACAGAGAAUCGGUAUCAAGCGUGGAGGGAGGACCUAGAGGAAUAAGACGAAGAGGACAUCGACGUUCUCGUCAGCGCAGUACGACACCAGCCAACAGCCAAAAAGGUAGCAAUGCAGGACCGAGUGAUCAAUCAACAAUAACCAGCAAGGAAGGAACACCAUCGAAUGACGUGAUCAUAUCCAACAGUAGCUCUCAAGGACCCAAGGGCCAAAGAGAACCUAGAUCUCGCCACUCUCGUAUAUCUCAGAGCAAUAAGCCCAAGGAGGCUCUGGUUAACGGUACCAGUGGCUAAGCAUUCCGUAACGUGGAAAGGCCGCCACCGUCGUAAUAUAUUACACCCGAUGAGAGCUAAUAACAUCAGCACGUAACAUGACGCAUACCCACGCAAGGACUACACGAUUAUGGAUCGCGACAUGAUUAGUCUAUGCUCGUUGUUAAGACUGUUUGCUACCAAUAAGAAUAUGACAGUUGUUUAAGAAAUCAUCAUUCUCCUUAAAAGAAAGAAAUGAGAAAAAAGAGCGGGGGGGGGAGAGAGAGAGAGAGAGAGAGAGAACAUUUAAGGACACAUAUUAAUAUCCAUGCAUGGUUUAGUUUAAUGAUACGCGGUUACGCUAUCAUGUUUGAUAUAUGGACACAUUCAUUGGGAGGUAGUAGCGGCACAAUUCGGCAUGAGAAGACAAACCUCUCCACCCUGAUUGUGAAACUGUGCCUCAUUUUUAUACCGACCUCCUAACUUUAUCUGACAGUGCUUUUGGUGUACUUUAAUAGUGCCCUUCUCACUCCUCCAGACACUCGUUAAUAUGUUUAACGAACCAACGAUAGGCUGGUUAUUCGCGGCUCGUACGUCAAUUACCGAUUCGAAUAAAUUUCACUCUAGAAAUGUCAUUGGACGGAUAGUACAAGACUAACCGUCUCCUCAGGCCGUUAACCGCCAUCUUUACGGCAGAUGCUCUAAUGGAUAGUACGUCUAUUACUUAAUUAGAUACGUGCUCAUAUUUUGUUAGGGAGGCUGCAAUUUAACACUGACGAGACUUCGAGUUGGCCUUUGUGCCCGGGACAAGGCAAGAUAAAAUGGCGAGACGUAACCGAUUGGCCAGUUCGAGGCCAGUUGCAAUCCGAUGUAGGACGUUGUUACGAAUUUUCUAUGUUGCUUGACUCGCGUUGAGACGCGUUUUUUUUUUCUUCUUUCUUUCUUCUCAAAAUAUAACGAUUAGGAACCCACUGACGCAGGAUCGAUUUGAAGGCGGGAAAGAGAAAGAACAGAAAAAUGUAAAACGCUUCUUCCGAGCGCUUCCAACGUAAACGUGUCCGUUUUACGCCAUUGCUAGAAUGAAAUUUACUGCGAUAGAGCAAGACACCAAAACGAAAAGAAAAGAAAAGAGAAGAGUUGUAAUGAUUUUUCGUUGUUAAUUUUGACAAUGACAGGCGGCAGCUGUAUAAAAUCCUGGUUCAACGGUAUUCCCAAUGAUGUUCCUUCUAUUUACUUCGCAAGAUUGAGUUGUUUUUGGUUUACAAUUAUUAAUAGAGUUACUUAACAAUACUAGAUUUUUAUGUUUCAAUGCUGUGCUAAUUAAUCAUGCCUUGAUCAACGCUAAAAUGGCUUUUUUGAUUACAAGAGAGACACAGACAGGUGUGCACAAGGGGUUGGUUUCGUUUCCCGGUACACUUCUUACAUAAUUUACCAUUUCUUUUUUCUUCCCUUUUUUCCUUUUUUCCUUUUGUACUACCGUGUAAGCAUAACUAUAUCGAAUUAUAGAAUUUGGUAUAGAGUUCGUUUCUCUCCAUUGUUUCAACAUGAUUUAAAACGAAAGUAAAGAUAUACUUAGUAAUACCAAUGUAUGAUGUGCCAGAGAAGGAAUGAUACAUGUUUUAUGAUAUCUAGCUGAAGUGCAAACUUAGCGCAUACCUUUAUUACUAUAAUACUACUUAGUCAAAAUGUGGAUGUCUGAACAAAUAAACUAGCUUUACUAUACUAAGCUAUAAAAUAGAUAUGGUCAGCCGUUUUAAAUUGAGCGUCAAUUUAAAACAGUUGUCUCUCUUCUUCCGGAUAUGACAACAACUAAUCGGACGUGUCUCAUGGAUUUUGCAAAACUCACGACGGUUGAUGCAACUUAUUGACACUUAACAAAAUAGCUGCCAUAAUAUCUGAAUAUCAUUAUGGUAGCAGAAAAAAAGAAACUGAGAUAUCCCCCAACUUGCUUGUUUCAGAUACAUUUGUAUUGAUUGCAAUUUGUGCAUAAUUUAAGAAUAAAACAUUUCUGUACAUAGA